ACUAAACCACAGUAAAUAUUUCAGAGGAUGGCAAUGGGUGAAUACUUUCAAGGAGAAGCUGGACCUUCACUGAAAAGCAGUGUCAGGAUUAACACAGAUUCAUCAACCUACUGUCCUUAUUACUGAAGACUGAAGACUGGGUGUACCCAUUGCCAAGACGAUUUUCUGGACCACGAACCAAUCUUGUGGACCGAUCGGCCCUUAAUUUGUCGAAGUUUAUGAAAACUGCAGUUCCGGAUGCGGUUCAUUCAAACACUGUGCGUUACGUAGAAUCGUCGACAAAUUUUCCCCAAAUACACGACGUAAGGGGAAAAGCGACAUUUCCCCUUUAUUUACGCUUUCGUCCGCUUUAUUUCCCCUUUUUGUGUUGCUUGGGGAGUUAAGAUAUCCUCCAAUAUAUUCUUAUCCUUUCGGAGUGACGGACAAAACGUUGUUUUUAGAUUCCAUGCAAAGCCGAACAAGAUAUUUUCGUAAUAAAACUACUUGAGAGCAUGCCUCAAAAAUUCUAGUGCAAUUUUGACUCAAAAGUCAUUUUUGUCACAACUGGAAUAUUGUGUUAGAUUUUAAGGUAGUUCAGUUCAAUUCUGGCGGACUUAUUCAUAACCUUUGGAUGAAGUGUUAUGUGGAAAAUAAAAGAUAUUAUUCUAUUUCCGAUUUUUGGGGUUCAUUUCAUUAUCAGUGGAUUGAGAUAUGAUCGCUUUUCUACAUUGUGUCACCAUGGUGUGAUAAAUCACUCUGAAGUUGUAACUCAUGUGGUGUCUUCGGAUGUGCAAAAACUUAUUCGUCGUAAUUCACAAACAGAAUUAAGAAUUCAUACCCAUUAUGAUAGGUCAAUUAAAUCUCUCAAAAAUUUCCAGGAUAUUAAGAGAGAUGUAAUUGAAGUAGCAAUUGAGUUUUGGGAAGAUGCUCUACUGUUACGUCAGUCUCAUACCGUGCCCAGAAGAUUAACACUUGACAGAGUUUGUGUUGAUGGUGCUACAAAGUUGAUGACUUUUGAUAAUCAACUCUUGACAUUUUGUGUCAAUGGUUGUGUGGAAUGGACAAAAUGUGGACCUAUAAACAUUCCAGUGUCACAUUUAAAUCAGUGCAGGUUUAUUUAUAAUGGAACCUCAAUGAUUUCAGGUCGCAAGGGCGAAGGUAUAUACCGUGCCAACUUCAUACUCUAUAUUUCAUCGCUUAGAACACAUAGAUGUAAUACUGCAAAAGUCCUAGGUUAUGCUGCACACUGUCAGCUAGAAGCUAAUACUGAUCGCCCUAUGGCUGGCUACAUCAAUUUCUGUCCUGAUACAUUAAGUAAUGAAUAUAACGAUAAAAUGCGUUCACUGUUUGUUGCUACGCAUGAAAUAUUACAUUCACUAGGAUUCUCUACAAGUUUGUUUGCAUUCUACAGAGAUAAACAAAAUCGACCAUUAACACCACGUGAUCCAAUAACAUUUAAACCUGCACUAGGCUGGUAUUCAGGAAAGAACGGUCAAGUAUACCAGUGGAGUGACAAUGUGGUUCGAUCGGUUAAUCGUACUUGGUUAAGUGCUUUUGGAACUUUUCAAAAAUUAGCGCACAUUGUGGUUUUACCGACUGUUGUACGUAUCGCCAGAUCAUUCUACAACUGUCCGAAUCUUGAUGGUGUCGAGUUAGAAGAUGAGGAUGAUGCAGGAGUGUAUCUAACACACUGGGAGAAACGCCUUUUAGAGAAUGAUUUAAUGACGGCAACAUACACAAAUUCUUUUCGAAUUUCACCGAUUACUCUGGCAAUGAUGGAGGAUACCGGCUGGUACAUCCCAAACUAUGCAUUAUCUCAGUCUUUCAGUUGGGGUAGAGGUCGAGGAUGUACCUUUGCUACUGGCAGUUGUUUAGAAUACAUGCUAGAACAAAGUCGUGGUGGUCAUCCAAUUGCACCGUUUUGUCAACAGUUAACUUCAAGCUUUCACAACAAAAAUAAUGGAUUACAGGUUAGCUGUACACCUGGUGAAGAAAGUUAUGGAUUUUGUAACCUAAUUGAAUAUUCCAAACCAUUGCCUGAUGAAUAUGUAUAUUUCGUUAAUACAAAUUUCUCGACUGUUACAUUGAAUUCUGAAAUCAAUCUAGGUACUGGAAACUUAACUAAUCAGUAUCCUUUGGUUAAAUUAGGAGGAAAAAUAGCUUUGGCUAAUUACUGUCCAUAUCAUCAGGAAAUUGAAUGGGAAGAUGAUGUAGGAAAAUCAAUUGCUAAUACUCAUUGUCAUGCAUCAACUAAUUUGAAAGAUCCACAUCACAACUUUAAACUUGAACGAUUUGGUAUGGAUUCUGUUUGUGUAGAGCAUAGUCCCAACUGGUAUUUAAUUAAUGGAGAUUCCUUAUUUGUUCCGCCAGUGGAAGGAGCUGGAUGUUACACAUUCCGAUGUUCAAUGACUGAAGGUGGUUUGAUUUUAGAACUUGCUGGAGGUAUGUCGAUUCCUUGUGAAGUACCAGGAGAACUUAGUGAAAUUAACGCUUGUUUAACAAAACAAAGUCUUACUGUGAAAGGAAAACUUGUAUGUCCUGAUUGCAGAUUACUAUGUCCAUUAUCGGAGUGUCCGAAAAUCUAUUCCAUUUCACAAAACAAUGUAACAUAUCUCAGAUCAAACUACUCCAACGAUCGUUCGUCUUCGUUUUUGUAUGAAACCAAUAUGUUUAUACCUAAAUCACGUACUAUACAGUAUUCUCAGUUAAUUGUUAAUGAAACUGAGUCUAUUGUUGAAAAUCCAUUAUAUAUUGUUGAAAAUUCUAAAAAUUCUAAAGGUAUUGUAAUACAACAAGCUAUUCUACCUGGUGCAUGUUUAGUUAAUAUAGCUUACUCAUCUACUUCUCUAACUUUUUCAAUAUUCAUAUACUUUGUAGUGUUUGUUCAAUUAUUCUGUUUAUAAAAUGCCUUAUUCUUUAUAUGCCCACAAAAAUAUUUCCUACCCAGUUAUAAUUCAUACUUCAUUUCGUUAUGCUUAUAAGUUCUUUUCACAUCACAAGAUCAUAAUUAAUUUUUUUUUUCCAAAAUAAAAU